UUUGAGUCACCGUAGACCACAUUUAAAAUGCCUUCGCUUAAUUUGACAGCUGUGCACACAAUGGCAGAGGUCGGGAGUUUUCUGGGGACAAUCGACCUGGAUUUACAAAGCUUCCCUGCACUCGGGAACAUGCCGCUGCCGGAGUCUCCGGUGGGUUUGAAUGAGCGACUGGGGCAGAUUGAAGGGAGGCUGCAGCGGGGGUCGCCUACGGAUUUUGGGCACCUGAAAGGGAUCCUGAGGCGGCGGCAGCUGUACUGCAGGACCGGCUUUCAGCUGGAGAUAUUCCCCAAUGGGACAGUGUACGGGACAAGACAGGAUCACAGCAGAUUUGGUAAGGAUGUGACCAUAGAGUAGGCCUAUUAAUUUUUACUUUGAGAAAGUUUGGUCAUUUCAUAUGUUGGAAAGAAAUAGUCGUUUUACCUUGACCAUGUGCCAUUAUUAACAAAGCUACAAUGAUAAAGAUGAGUGGAUAAACAUUGUCAGUAUUUAACAACAGUUUUAAGUUAUCAGUAUGUUAAGGUUUGACUAAUUUCCACCAUUGUCGCUGUUCAGUGCAUUGUUAAUUAGGGAGCUUUUUUCCUGCCGCACAUCCCAGGUGAAUACACUCUCGUGCGUCACUGUCACUUGGCGCGCGGGGAAGCACAGCCUCACGCCUUUUUUUACUGCACGUUGGUUGGGGAGGGGGCAGGUGUCUCUCCACCGCCACAAACAAGCAGCGCGUGCGCGUCUCUCGGUCGCGUGCCCGCAGUAGUGAAGCUUCUCGUGAGCCUUCUGUCAGUUUAAAUGGAGCGAGGUGCGGCUCGCGCGAGAGAGAUAAAAAAAAAAAACAAGGUCAAAGGGCAGAUAGGCAUGUCUCGAGCUUGAUGUCUUCGCAGUGAUCUCACAGGUGCUCGACUCGCAGCGGAGUAACACUAAAUGAAAACAGACCCACUGCGAGCGGAGGGACACUCCAACGUUUUUGUCUCUUCAGCCAAAACAAGCCGGUGCUCAGGGAUGGGUGGUCCGCGUGUUUGUUUCUGGCUUCAGUUAGGCCUCAAAAUGCAAAGUCUUUGUCUACAGGACGUGGCUUUGAUUAGAGGGAUAUGAAACACUCUUCACCCCACAAAAAUUAGAGGGAUGUUCUGUGUCAUCCUCUGGCAUGGGUUGAGGUCGUGGAUAUGGGGACCAGGUGGCUGUAAGUCGGCCUCUGCCAGUCAGCACUGCCAGCUGGAUCCUCUCUGACUAACCUCUGCAGCACAACAGACUUUUAAUUUCACCGGUUGUUUCCCUGCCUUUGAAGUACAAGUUCACUUUACUGAAACUUCCUGUGAGUCAGCAGCCCACCAAACAACAGAGCCACAUCUCAGCUUCAUAAAAGACAUUUCCACAUAUGUCUGUUUUAGUAGCCCUGUUGGGAAGUCCCAAAGACCAGCAAGACACGUUUAUAGAUACCACAGCAUACAAUAAUUAAAGAGAGACUCUUAAUACUCAUUUUUCUCAUAGUUUGGUCUUCCACCUGCACAUGAAGAAGACAUUUUAAUGGUGUUAAAAAAAAAGCAUUUUCAGAGGGGAUGUUAUUUUUCUUUAAACACUGAAAUAAUGGGGACAAACAGGCACAAUGUGGCUUAAAAUCAUAACUUUAAUUAAGAAAUAAGCCAUUUUUUAAUAGAUUAUUCUCACAAAAAUAGAGACCACUUCUUGCAACGUGUGUUAUUUGGCAUUAUAACAGCAAUUUACUGUUAUAGAUUGGUUAUGAUGUUUGUUUUUUAUUUGUUUUUUGAGUCGUGGUGACAUAUAACUCUGUUGGACUGCAGAGCAAAUUAAAGCAGAAAAGCUAAAUUUCUGCUGCAAAUUGAUGCUCUUCUGUCACAUUUCUGCUGGCCUCUUGUUGCUGCAUUUCUGCCCUAACUAGUUGUCUGUGCAUUGUGCAUGUGUAUGUGUAUGUGUGUGUGCGUGUGUUGUUGACCUCAGGCAUCCUGGAGUUCAUCAGCCUGGCAGUGGGUCUGGUCAGCAUCAGAGGGGUGGACGCCGGACUCUACCUCGGCAUGAAUGAGAAAGGAGAGCUCUAUGGGUCGGUGAGUUAAAAAAAAAAAAAAUCAUUCAUUCACACAACUCCUUUCCACCAUACAGCUUUGGAUCUUAUUCACAAUAAAUCCGACCCCUUAUAUGUGUGACUUGUAUUUAAAGUCCUGUAACAUCCAUUUUCUUCUUAUACUACAUGAAGGUCUUCAGCUAGCUCCGAAAAGUUUACAAGAAAUGUGAGAGUCGGUGUGUUAUCGAUGUUCCCGUACAGGGCAGAUGGGAAAACCACAGUGAGACAAAACAAGUAUGUUUCUUUUAGAAAGUCUCACAGGCACUAUCAGACCAGCUCUUUGUGGUUUUCUAUCAAAAGGUGAGCAGAAAAAAAGAAGUGGACAGAAAUUUGCAUUAAAGAAUAAGAAUAAGAAGAAAUUUAUUUAUCCCUGAAGGGAAAUUCAAUAUUUAAUAUUUCACCAAAUAACAACACUGGCAGCAGCAAAGAAAAUACCUUUUGACUUGUUUUUUCAAGUAAAGAGUAGUGAGGAAAGCAAGGUUAGCAGCUCAAGAGAGCAAACUUUCCUCUUCAUUGAUGCAGAAAUAUUUACAUACUUUCCCAAAGUGUGGACAGGAAAGUUUGCAGUCCUGUUAAAUAUGCGUUUUGGGUGAAUUGGUGAUUAUCUCUUCUUUGUACACAUCUGAACAGCUUUAAAGAAUAUGAUAGUAUUAAUUUGUGCUUUUUUAAACCUGCUUGAUUUUACCUUUCCUUUGGUUGCUAUCUGUAGACAAAGUGAGAGGAAAGGGAAGAGAUAAAGACAAUAAAGGGGAAGUCUGUUAGGGUUACCUGUAUCAGGUGUCCUAGGGCAUUACCUGGGGGCCUCUCUGGGCCAGAACUCCCCCCAACCCCCAUGGCUCUGAACAUUUUUUGAACAGAGAGGCUACUUUUUAAGCAGGACCAUUAUGGUGAUAGUGCAGAUAUUGUUACUGCUCGCUAUCAGAGUCUGGCAUCCUGGAGCUUUGACCCUAAGGCGAGGUGGGCGGGGCCGUGGCAGGGGAAGGCAGCGGUUUUAGGGGGGCUGGGGGGGUAAUUGCACACCUGACUGAGUCACCUGACUGACAGAGGAAGUAUGAACACAUUUGUGUGAGAGGCUGAGGGGCCAGGGGGUGGAGGUGAAGGAGAAGGGGAGGACAGGUAAAAGGCUGUUUCCGUCCCAUAACCACUAGACCUCGGUGAGCUUUUGAUCCAAUGAGGUUUGUGUGUGUGUGUGAGUGUGUGUGUGUGUGUGUAGGGAUUGAGCUGGCCCAGUCAUGUGCCCUCAGGGCUGUGUUUACAGACAACAGCUUCACCACACAGCCGCAGCCAAGCACAGCCUGACAGCCAAUCAACAAAACUGCCGCUGGAAUAAAAGCUGAGACUCUUGCACAAACACUGUAAUGUCUGUUGUUGAAGGCAAAGAUUGACUGACUGCUGUAUUAAGAAGAUACAUCCUCCUAGCUCCAAUACUGUUAGCACAAGGUAACCUGUAAGAAUGAGUGGUAGCAACACCUUCAAAAGGGGAGUAGAUACAGUAUGUUGGGCUGCUGGACCCCUGUGACACCCCCUGACUCCACUGAGGGCUGAGCAAAGUUUGUGCAUGACUGGCUGGUUUUGGCAGGAGAAACAGCUUUUACUCUGAUGUGUCUUAUUGUUCUCACACACCCGCUCAGCCAGCACACUCUCACCUGCUGAACCCACAGCCAUCGCUCAUACUGUGCUGUCAGUGAAGGCUUUGGGAGUGUGUGUGUGUGUGUGUGUGUGUGUGUGUGUGUGUGUGUGUGUGUGUGUGUGUGUGUGUGUGUGUAUUGAGGGAAGGUUGCACGCCCCUCUGGCUCCUCCUCUCGCCUCACAGGGAGGGAAAUAAUUCUCCAUGCACAACGAGAGGUUAACAGGUCUGAGGAAUGAGUUUGGGGCAGAAAGGGAAAAUCUUCCCAUAAUGACUUCCUAUCUUUGGUAUUAAUGAGCAGCUGCUUUCCUACUGGAAUGUCUACUGUUUUAUUACUGUAAAAAGAGUGAAUGAAUUACAUAAACUAACGCUGAAUCUCCUCACUAUCUGUUUUAAAUCGUACCUGCGUUAUGUUCUUCUUUUCAGACUGUGGGCAGGAUAAGCAUUUACUGAUGUGUUGUUUUCUACCCUGCAGAAAAAGCUGACUGCUGAGUGUGUGUUCAGGGAGCAGUUUGAGGAGAACUGGUACAACACCUACGCUUCAACUCUAUACAAGCACACAGACACGGGACGUUUCUACUAUGUGGCCUUAAACAAGGACGGCUCGCCCAGGGAGGGGGGCAGGACUAAAAAGCACCAAAAACUCACCCAUUUUUUACCCAGGCCGGUGGAAAUUGAGAAGAUCCCUCAGGCGUACAGGGACUUAUUCCAGUACAGGUGA